CCCGUAUAUGUCAUCCUAAUUAAUGCGUGCAUGCCCUCAAGAGGCUCCUCGCCUCCUCCGUCAUCGAUCACCAUGCUCAAACGCAAACACAAAGCUACUAGCUCGUCUUCUUCCUCCUCCGUCUCCUUCGCUAGCUGCUAUCCCUGCAAAACCAUCCUACAAAACAUGGCUAUCAGUGAAUGAUAGCUGCUCAGUAGUUCUUCAGCCUGCUGAGGAGCUUGCUUGGUUGCUUAGCUGCUCCCAUGCGCACGUACAUACACACGUACUGCUUGUGAGCCUGCAUCUACAUGCAUGUGUCCAUCGUGAUUUCAUCAAAGCACCUACGCUAGUCGAUCGCGGCGUGCGCGAUCAUACCGUGAUCUGAUCAUGGACAAAGAGCAAGGGAGUCAUCACAGUCACCUGGACAGCUUUGCGCCGCUGGACUGUGCGGCUCCGGAGGAUCAUCCCGGCGGUGGCGCCGGGAUGGUCGACUACAUGCUGGGCCAGGCGGCGCCGCCUUCUGCUCAGCCGCCGCAGAGACAGGUGUCCUUCGACAAGCUCAGCUUCUCCGACGUGCUGCAGUUCGCCGACUUCGGCCCCAAGCUCGCUCUCAACCAGCCCGCCGCGUCCGCGGGCGCCCUCGAGGGCGUCGACAACGGCGCUGAUGAAGACGACGACGACGACGAUGGCUACUUCUUCAGGUUCCAGUCCCUGCCGUCCCUCCCCGGCGCCGCUCCUCCACGCGGCGGCGCGGGCCAGCAUCACGCGGACCGUGAGGGUAGCAAGACGACGGCCGACGACGGGGGCGCGCACGAAGGCUGCGGCGGCGGCGUCUCAGAGAGCACGACGCUGGUGCAGCAGGCCGACGGUGGCGGGCGCGCGGAGAAGGCCGGGGACCAGGGGAAGAGCGGCCGGCGGAAGCGGCCCCGGACGGUGAAGACGAGCGAGGAGGUGGAGAGCCAGCGGAUGACGCACAUCGCCGUCGAGCGCAACCGCCGGCGCCAGAUGAACGAGUACCUCAGGAUCCUCAGGUCACUCAUGCCGGGAUCCUACGUCCAGAGGGGAGACCAAGCAUCCAUCAUAGGAGGCGCCAUCGAGUUCAUCAGGGAGCUAGAGCAGCUGAUCCAGUGCCUGGAGUCGCAGAAGCGGCGGCGCCUGUACGGCGGGUCCGGCGAAGCGCCACGGCCGGUGGUGGACGCAGCGGGAGCCGGCGCGCCAACGCCCGCUCAGCAGCACCACCAGCCACAGGUGCCGCCGCCGCCGCCGCCGCCGGCGUUCUUCCCUCCGAGCCUCCCUUUCCCAGUGGCGUCCGGCGGCGGCGAUGGCGGCGCCGCCAAGAUACUGGACCUGGAAGCCGGAGGCGCCGACGCCGGCGGCGGGCUCCGGGAGGAGGUGGCCGAGAACAAGUCGUGCCUGGCGGACAUCGAGGUGCGCGCGCUGGGCGCGGACGCCAUGAUCAAGAUCCUGUCCCGGCGCCGGCCCGGGCAGCUGAUCAAGACCAUCGCCGCGCUGGAGGACAUGCAGAUGUCCAUCCUGCACACCAACAUCACCACCAUCGAGCAGACCGUUCUCUACUCCUUCAACGUCAAGAUCCUCGGCGAGGCAAGAUACUCGGCGGAGGACAUCGCCGGCGCCGUCCACCAGAUCCUCAGCUUCAUCGACGUCAACUACGCCCUGUGAUCCCUUCCGUGAUCCCUCGCAGUCUCCGUGCCAAGACCCACGAAAGGGGCCUCCCGUUAACGUUGACAGCGACCUGUCUAUUUAAAUUUGAAAGCGAUAUUUCCCCACGUUCUAUAUGUGUGUGCUUCAUCAAAUAUCAUAAUAAGAGGACGAGUAUGUAUGUAAACUGAUUGGAGGACGAGUAAAAGAUUAGUACUAGUAUUAUAUUCAGAGACAAUGUGUAUGAUUGAAUUGUACUGCAAUUAUCAGAUAGUUGAACGAGAUGGUGCUUUCCACUGUCACAUGUCUAAUGGACCAUUGGCCUUUUAGACUUUUUCCCUGUAA